GUCGAGAGCGGCGGAGGGAGGAGCCGCGGCGGGGCGCGGGGAGAGCAGCGGCGGGGCUCGGCCCAGCCCAGCCCGGCUCAGCCCGGCCCAGCCCAGCCCGCCCGGGGAGCCCAGCGCCGCCGGAGCAAGAUUGACUACAGAUAUGACUGGCUGGCUGCUCUGCUGCUCCUGUGCCCCAGCACUUGCUACCCUGUGAUUUCAGAUAACAAACGUAAGAAGUGAGUUACCAAACGUGUGGUAAGAAACCGUAAAGCAACCUGCCUUUAUUGAGUUCUCCAGAACAUAAUCGACCCCUUGGUACAUUAUCAAGAUGCAUUAGGAAACUGGAUACGGUGCCAGAAGAACUCCAUGCGUUUCCAUGACUCUCUUGAACCCUGACUCAGAUACUUUUGGAUAUAUAUUUCUAUUUUAAGGAGAAGAGUGCGUACUCCGAUUCCUUUCUGCCAGCUUGCUGGCAGACAUAUUUCAUUAAGAUCAUGGACCAUCCUAAUAGGGAAAAGGAUGAAAGGCAGCGGACGACAAAAGGAAUGCCGGGAAGGAGCGGGCAUGGUUCUCGACCAAGCUCAUCAGCAUCUUCUGGCGUUCUUAUGGUGGGACCCAACUUCAGAGUGGGGAAGAAGAUUGGGUGUGGGAACUUUGGAGAACUCAGACUAGGUAAAAAUCUCUACACCAAUGAAUAUGUAGCGAUCAAACUGGAACCAAUAAAAUCGCGUGCGCCACAGCUUCAUUUAGAAUACAGGUUUUAUAAACAACUUGGAAGUGCAGCUGAAGGGCUUCCCCAGGUGUAUUACUUUGGACCGUGUGGAAAGUACAACGCCAUGGUACUAGAGCUGCUUGGUCCUAGCUUGGAAGAUUUAUUUGACCUCUGUGAUAGGACGUUCACUCUGAAGACGGUAUUAAUGAUAGCCAUCCAGCUGAUAUCUCGAAUGGAGUACGUGCAUUCGAAGAACCUCAUCUACCGAGAUGUCAAGCCAGAAAACUUCCUUAUUGGCCGGCAAGGCAAUAAGAAAGAGCACGUCAUUCACAUCAUAGACUUUGGAUUGGCGAAGGAGUACAUUGACCCGGAAACCAAAAAACACAUACCUUACAGGGAACACAAGAGCUUAACUGGAACGGCGAGAUACAUGUCCAUCAACACUCAUCUUGGCAAAGAGCAAAGUCGUCGAGAUGACUUGGAAGCCCUCGGCCAUAUGUUUAUGUAUUUCCUCCGAGGCAGUCUGCCCUGGCAAGGAUUGAAGGCUGACACCUUAAAAGAGAGGUAUCAGAAGAUUGGGGACACAAAGAGAAACACUCCGGUUGAAGUUCUCUGUGAGAACUUUCCAGAGGAGAUGGCCACAUACCUCCGUUAUGUUCGGCGAUUAGACUUCUUUGAGAGACCAGACUACGAUUAUUUACGAACCAUCUUCACAGAGCUGUUUGAAAAGAAAGGCUACACCUUUGACUACGCCUAUGACUGGGUCGGCAGGCCAAUUCCUACUCCAGUAGGAUCUGUUCACGUAGAUUCUGGGACGUCCGCAGUAACGAGAGACAGCCACGUCCAUAGGGAUCGACCAUCGCAGCAGGCCCUUCGCAAUCAGGCGUCAUCGGAUCGCCGAGGGGAGUGGGAGAUCCAGCCAAGCCGGCAGACGAAUACCUCGUAUUUGACAUCUCACUUGGCUGCAGAUCGGCACGGAGGAUCAGUACAGGUGGUUAGCUCGACCAAUGGGGAGCUGAACGUGGACGACCCGACGGGGGCACACUCCAACGCGCCGAUAACAGCGCAGGCGGAGGUGGAGGUGGUGGAGGAAGCUAACUGCCUGAAAAUGCUCAACUUGUGGUGCUGCUGCUUCUUUAAGAGGAAACGGAAGAAGACGGCUCAGCGUCAUAAGUGACCGGUGCCUCCUGGGCCUUGCAGGAACCACCACGCCUGCAGCUCCUGCCCUGUCUCACUGGAAGGGGCUUCUCUUUAGGGGGGAGGAGGAGGCAUAGGAGGAAGAGAGGAAAAAAAAAAAAAAGUGACAUUUUAAACCAAAAAGAGAAGAAAA